CUGGUGGCGUCGCACCACCUCCCAGCAUGUAGGACUGAGGGAAAGAGGGCCUGGUCCGGCCCCGUGUGAUUGAUGUCGCUUUCUUCAGAUAGCGGGGGCAAUUCACAGUGGCCAGUUAACAUAUUAAUUCCACCAAGGAUGGUCCCAAGCCUGGCUGUGAAAGGAGGAGAGUUAGAUGUCAGGCUAGCAAUCCCAUUCUGUAAAAAUCCAGAGCUACAGAAACACCAAGAGAAGCUCCAAAGCCUCACCCCUGGGAGAGAAAGGAUCUUCACCUAGAAGAUACCAAGAAGAUGGACUACACCUGGGGACGGCUUGAAAGACUAGCCUAAGACUGAGCAUUCUGAUGAGCUGCUGUCAACACUCUAUGCUCCAGUAGGGAUGAUGGGCUUGAGAAGAGAAGAGGCUAACACACCAGCUCUUAACCUUUGGGAAUGUGGAAUGAAACCGGAGCAUCCGGGGAACCCCACAUAGCCACAGGAGAAUUUGCAAACUUCUCACAUCUUCCUGCUUUUUACUACCGAGGUCAGGAUUGGACCAGGUUUUGCAGUGCUGUGACACAGCAGUACUACCUGCUUCACUACAAUACGUCUAGAAAUAUUGGAGAAGCAGAUUGUUGUGUAUUUGAAUUUGCAAGGCAUUCAUUAAGGUGCCACAUAAAAAUUUUCACUCACAUAGUGGCACAUAGUGAGUGCUCCAGUGAUUUGGCAGGUGCGUCCUGUGUCCUGGGCCAUUGAUGUGACUUUCAGCAGAAAUGACACUGAUUAACUGACUUCUACCAGCUGGUUUCUCACAAAAUGCUCUUCUAAUCUAUGUGAAGGGCCAGUGUCUGAUCUCAUGGCUGGGAACAUAUCUCUUCCUGUUUUUUUUUUCUGACUGGGAAUCUGAUUCUGAAACGACUUAAAAGAAUGGUUGUAAAGGGAGGGCUGUCUCGUCAUCAGCAGUUGCUUCAAUGACAGCCUUGGUGAUGGCCUUUCCCAUGAUGCUCAGCCAUGGGAGUCAAUCUGGUUGACUCUUCAUAAUUCUCUGCUGCUUGACAUUGUACACCACUCUUAUCUGCGAGAAAGAUUGAAGCCUAUCGCAAAUGGUUUCAUAUCCCUUUAUGUCCAACCUGCCCUGAAAUCAAUUUAUCGUGUUCUUAAGUAUAUUCAGUGGAUAGCCUCCAUUGUAAUGUUUGGAUCUAUUUGUUUUAGGGCAUUGACCCCCCCACACUACAUAUUGAUUUGUUGUUUACGCACGCUCAUUGCGCUAGAGUGUAUGCACCAGUUAAAGCCGUCUUCCGUGUGCGUGCUUAUACUUAAUUGAUAUGUAGUUUUGCACAGACACAACAAAUUGGCAACGAGUACGAGCCUGAAUGUCUGAAAAUAUCACAAACUGUAUCAACAGUUAUGGGAUGAAACAGCGAGAGUUAAGCAGCACAAGAAAGCCGAAUAACCUGUUAACAGUGAAAGACAUGCUAAGUUUAAGGCUGUGAGUCGUAUAUUGAGACUGUUGAACUGUAAAACAAACAACGUGGAGAGCAAAAGAAAAGCUUCUGCACUUCUUAGCUUAAUGGGUGCAAGGAUGCACAGUCUCUUAUGCAACCUGGUAACCCCUGAAAUGCCAGCAAGCAAGACUUCAACAAAAUUGUUACAAUUUUACAAAAUCCUUUGAGCCCUAAACUGCUGGCAAUUGCUUUGAGAUUUAGAUUUGUCAAAAGGAACCAGUUAAAAGAUGAAAGCAUUUCUGCGCAAACUUUCCCAGAGAUAGACUUUCUGAUGCAGCAAGGGACAGGCUUGCAUGUGGCAUGCAUAGUGAAAGCACUCAAAAGAAGCUACUGUCAGAAAGAGGCCUAACAUUAGAACGGGCAUUGAUGACUACAAUAUCGUUAGAGACUGCAGCAAAGGAUCCAGAUGAACUACAGAAAAGGUGGUUUGAACGUAAAAUGCACAAAAUGUCCCUGAAUGGUGCAAAAAGUCAAAAAUGUUAUCAAUGUAGUAAAUCCUCCCGUUAUACAAAUGACUGUUGGUUCAAAGAAAAAGAGUCACAGACAAGGUCGCAUAGAGAGAAUUUACAAAGCAGACAGAAAGCACAACCAAAUGAAAAGUGUCAGACACAAAAUAAGCAAAUGCAUAAAGUUACCAAAUGUAAAACAGAAUCAGACAACAUAGUGUCUGACAAAGGCGAUCUGCCAUGCCUAGAACUGCAUAGUGUAACUGAAGCAGAUCAAAAAAUCAUCUGGUGUGCCCGAAGUAAAUGUGGAAAUGGAGCUGGAUACAGGAUCAGCUUUGUUUAUAAUUCCAGACGCUGACUACAACAGACUGUUUUCUAAGAUACCAUUAGAAAAGAUUUCAGUGAUGCUAAAGACCAACACUGGUGGAAAAAAAUGUCUUUCCAAGGCAAACUGAAAGUGAAUGUGAUGUAUGGAGGCCAAGCAUAACAGAUUGAGCUUUAUGUGUUGAAAAAUGGAGUGCCAGCACUUUUUGGAUGUGAAUGGUUGAGCAAGAUCCAACCAGGUUGGCACUCAAUCCAAGCUCUCAGGCAAUCAACAGGCAAUGGCAGGCCAUGAGUAGCACUAACCAGGGGCUGUCACAGCUUAAAGCUAAUCAGAAGAUGUUUGUGAAGGGAAUAGAUAAACUGAUCAAAGAGUUGGCCAAAAGCUAUCUGGGAUGCCAAAAAGUUCAAAAUGCACCCUCACAGGCACUGUUACACCCAUGGGAGUGACCAUCAUCACCAUGGCAUAGAGUACAUAUUGACUUUGCCAGGCCACUCAUGGACUGCAUGUUCCUGAUGGCUGUGGAUGUUCAUUCAAAGUGGCUGGAGGCUAUACCAAUGAAGUCAACCACUUCAGCAAUGACUGUCUCCACUCUGAGGACUACCUUCACCAGAAACGGCUUACCAGCACAAAUUUGGAGUGACAAUGGACCACAAUACACAUUACAAAAAAUCCUGUUCAUGAAGAAAAAUGGCAUCAAACAUUUCAAGUCAGCUCCUCACCAUCCAGCAAUGAAUGUGUCAGAUGAAAGGUUUAUCCAAACCUUCGAGAAGUCGAUUAAAGUGGUGGACAAGGAGAACAUUUCAUUACAUCAAAAGACAGACAACUUCCUUUCUGUGUAUUGGAACUCUGUUCGUGCAAUGUCAAAUCAAACACCUGCAAUGCUGUUCAUGAACAGGAAUCUGAGAUCUCGCAUUGACCUCCUGAAACCAGGUCUACAGAGGGAAGUGCAGAAUAAACAGUUCAGCCAUUUGCUAAGUGAAGCAGCAAGGAGCUUCGAGAUUGGACAGGAAGUCCUAGCAUAUGAUUACUGAGAAGACAAGUGGACAUCCGGUAGGAUAACUACAAGAACUGGACCAGUGAUGUACACAGUGGAUGUUGGAGAUCAGACAUGGAGGUGUCAUGUGGACCAGAUACCGGAUGCUCAAUGGAAGGACACUACUGAGUUGACUGCAUCCAAUGAGAUGGACACAUUACAGCCAACAGAUUUACCUCUCAGUGAUGACAGCAAUGUGACACCAGAAACCAAGAACGUUGUCUUAGACAAGACACCUACCAAACCCAGUGCCCCUCCACAGGUCCAGAGGCACGAUCCUGAAAGAAAACAGACUGAAUCUUUAGUAUAGUGAAGUUAGUUAUGGAUUGUUAUUGUGAAAGCAUGCUUAUUUGGAAUGUGGGUUUAUGAAAAGGAAAUUGAAUGCUUUGUACAUAUACAAUUUUAUGUUGCAUUAAUCUGAAGGAUGAGGAAGUGUAACGUAUGGAUCUAUUUCUUUUAGAGAAAUGACCCCCCCCCCACUUAGCACUAUGUACUGAUCUGUUGUCUGUGCAUGCACUUUGUGCCCUCUCUCUCUCGUUGCAAUGUGAAUACACUAGUUAAAGCCAUUUCCUGUGUGUGCUUUUAUUUAAUAUUAUAGGUAGUUGUGCACAGACACAAGAUCUACAGCCUUUUGUAAAAGAGAGUUCUGAGAGUUAGUCACUUUGAACUUUAUCUCAAUUCUAAACAUCCUACCACACAGGCAGGGACACUUGUAGACUUUUCCUUUCCCUGCUUCUAGACACUUUCUUCCUGCAUCCAACCCAGUGAGCCCAUAUUUCGGAGUAGAAUUAGGCAGAUGGAAUUUAGUGCAGGCAAAUGUGAGGUGUUGCACUUUAGGAGGAAAAGCAGGGUAGGAUUUACUUAGUGAAUGGUAGAGCAUUGAGGAAUGUGGCAGAACAGAGGGAUCUGGGAAUACAGAUCCGUAAUCCCUUGAAAGUGGCAUCACAGGUAGAUAGGGUUGUAAAGAGAGUUUUGUUUUGCAAAUUGUCCUUAAUUAAUCACAGUAAUGAGUACAGGAGUUGGGAUUUUAUGUUGACAUUGUACAAGAAGUCGGUGAGGCCUAAUUUUUGUGCAGUUCUGGUCAUCAACCUAAGGAAAGGAAAGCAAUAAGAUUGAAAGAGUGCAGAGAAAAUUUACAAGGAUGUUGCUGGAACUUGAGGACCUGAGUUAAAGGGAAAGGUUGAAUGGAUUAGGACUUUAUUCAUUGGAGAAAAGUAUGCAAAAUUAUGAGGGGCAUUGAUGAGGUAAGUGCAAGCAAACUUCUUCCACUGAGAUUUGGUGGGACUAGAACUAGAGGUCAUGAAUUAAAAGUGAAAUGUGAAAUAUUUAAGGGGAAUUUUUCCCUCAGAUGGUGGUGGGAGUGUGGAACAAGCUGCCAGCAGAAGUGGUGGAUCUGGGUUUGAUUUCAACAUUUAAACAAUGUUUGGAUAAGUACACGAAUGGGAAUGGAGGACCAUGGAGGUGCAGGUGAAUGAGACGAGGUAGAAUAAUAGUUUGGCAUAGACUGGAUGGGCUGAAUGGUUUGCUUCUAUGCUGUAGUGCUUUAUGACUCUAUUCAGCCCAUCGAGUCUGAUCCACCAUUCAAUCAUGGAUUUUUUUCAAACCCAUUUUCCUGCCUUCUCCCUGUAAAGCUUAACCCUCCUUAACCCCAUCAAUCUAUGUCUUGUUCUCAGGUUCACCACCUGGCUGAAGAAAUUCCUUCUUAUCGUGAUUUUAAAGACAUGUCCCUUUAUUGGGAGUACAGGCCAAGAGGCAUCAAACUUUCCUCAUAGGUUAAGCCGUUCAUUCCUGGGAUCAUUCUGAUGAACCUCUUCUGGACCCUCUCCAGGGCCAGCACAUCCUUCCUUAGAUACAGAGCCCAAUUUUCCAAAUGCAGUCUGGCCAACGCCUUACCAUUUCUGCAGUACAUCCUUGCUUUAAUAUUCUGAUCUUCUAACUCCUGAGCCACCUCAGAAUUUUGUGUGCUUUAAUGAAGUCCCUUCUCAUUUCCUGAAACUUCAGUGCACAGAGGCCUUGUUGAGCUAAUAUCUCUUCGUAAACUCCUACUAUCACAUUGUUUACAUACAUGAGUAAAAAUCUUUAUGUUACAUCUCUGUCUAAGUGUGUAAUCAUAGUAAUUUAAAAUAAUUUAUAAUAAAUAGAACAGUCAACAGAUAUACACUCAAGUCGGCGUGAGUUAAUCAGUCUGAUAGCCUGGUGGAAGAAGCUGUCCCAGAGCCUGUUGGUCCUGUCUUUUAUACUGCAUUACCAUUUCCCAGAUGGUAGCAGCUGGAAUAAGAUUCUGUUUGGGGUGACUCGAGUCUCCAAUGAUCCUUUGGGCCUUUUUUUACACACCAGUCUUUGUAAAUGUCCUGAGGUCUUUGUAACCGUCUGAGGUGAAAGAGGCACUGUUGUGCUUUUUUCACCGCACAGCUGGUGUGUACAGACCACGUGAGGUCCUCAGUGAAGUGGAUGCCAAGGAACUUAAAGCUGUUUACCCUCUCAACCCCAGAUCCAUUGAUGUCAACAGGGGUUAGCCCAUCUAUAUUUGUAGCCAGGCAUCCUUGUUCCUGCAGUCUAAUGCUUUUGCGAUGAUGGCUGUAGUUAAUUUGCUUUCCUAAUUCUACGCUUUUGGUGACUGGUGUGCAGAGACAUAUGGCUUCCUUGGUGAACAGCGUAAACCAAUGCUCAGGUGGUGAAGGCAUCAGAGUUGAAUAGUUGCCACAAAACAUUCUUGUAUCAGCAAAUCUCGCAGCAGUGUGCCCAGGUCAGCCAUUGUUUACAGGCUGUAAGGUACAGUACUAUUUGUGUACAGCUUGUUGCUGGAGUGAGGCUGCUGUUAAUGGAGGGUUCAUAUAAUUAAUAAACUGUACCCAAUGACCUUGAGAUUCAAAUUCAGAUUAGGAUUUAUUUAUCACAUGUACAUCGAAACAGACAGUGAAAUGUGUUGUUUGCGUCAACAACCAACACAACCUAGUGGUGUGCUGGGAGCAGCCCACAAGUGUCAGGAUUUCUUGGCCACAAUGCUCAGCAGAACAACACAGAACACAACAACCCCAAAGCAAAUCCCUUUCCACCCUGCCUCCCAAUCACCCACACACACACACGGGCAGUCCUCCAACUCUAGGGCAGGCUGCCAGGCUUCAGCUACUGGGCUUUGACUUCCAAUCAACCUUCAGGCUCUGAUCCCUAGACUCCAAACCCCAGGCUGAAAUACGAGCACGCUGACUGACUAGCUCUUGUGUCUCCUGCUUACAUGUCCUUCAUGCGCAGAGUACAAGCCUGGAUUAUGUCCUUUGUCACCCAUUUGCGUUGCUGGCUUUCAAAUGCAGGUAGUUGAGAGCUUCACGUUCUUGGUCAUAAACAUGACCAACAGCGUGUCGUGAUCCAAUCACAUAGGUGCUAGGGCGAAAGAGGAACAUUAGUGCUUCUACCUCUUCAGAAGGCAAAGGAUAUAUGAUAUGUCCCUGGUGACCCUUGCGAACUUUUACAGGUGCACCAUAGAAAACAUCCUGUUCAGAAGCUUCACAGCUUGGUAUGGCAAUUGCACUACCUGCACCCCGACAUCAAACCCCGACACCACACCCCGACAUCACAACUCACCACUACACCCCGACAUCACACCUCACCACUACACCCCGACAUCACACCUCACCACUACACCCCGACAUCACACCUCACCACUACACCCCGACACCACACCCCGACACCACACCCCGACACCACACCCCGACACCACACCCCGACACCACACCCCGACACCACACCCCACCACUACACCCCGACACCACACCCCGACACCACACCCCGACACCACACCCCGACACCACACCCCGACACCACACCCCGACACCACACCCCGACACCACACCCCGACACCACACCCCGACACCACACCCCGACACCACACCCCGACACCACACCUCACCACUAUACCACGACACCACACCUCACCACUAUACCACGACACCACACCUCACCACUAUACCACGACACCACACCUCACCACUAUACCACGACACCACACCUCACCACUAUACCACGACACCACACCUCACCACUAUACCACGACAUCACACCUCACCACUACAUCACACCCCGACACGACACCUCACUGCCACACCCCAACAUCACACCCCACCGCCACACUCCAUCACACCCCACCGCCACACUCCAUCACACCCCACCGCCGCACUCCAUCACACCCCACCGCCACACUCCAUCACACCCCACCGCCACACUCCAUCACACCCCACCGCCACACUCCAUCACACCCCACCGCCACAUUCCAUCACACCCCACCGCCACACUCCAUCACACCCCACCGCCACACUCCAUCACACCCCACCGCCACACCCCAACAUCACACCCCAACAUCACACCCCACCACCACACCCCACCACCACACCCCAACAUCCCACCCCAACAUCGCACCCCAUCACCACACCCCAACAUCACACCCCGACAUCACACCUCCCCAUCGCACCCCGACAUCACACCUCCCCAUCGCACCCCGACAUCACACCUCCCCAUCGCACCCCGACAUCGCACCCCGACAUCGCACCCCGACAUCGCACCCCGACAUCGCACCCCGACAUCGCACCCCGACAUCGCACCCCACCACCGCACCCCGACAUCGCACCCCACCACCGCACCCCGACAUCGCACCCCACCACCGCACCCCGACAUCGCACCCCACCACCGCACCCCGACAUCGCACCCCACCACCGCACCCCGACAUCGCACCCCACCACCGCACCCCGACAUCGCACCCCACCACCGCACCCCGACAUCGCACCCCACCACCGCACCCCGACAUCGCACCCCACCACCGCACCCCGACAUCGCACCCCACCACCGCACCCCGACAUCGCACCCCACCACCGCACCCCGACAUCGCACCCCACCACCAGCUGCCGGCUGGAGAAGGUGAGCAGAUGCCGCACACCUCCGACCAACUGUUCGUGCACAGCACCCACAGCAUUGUCUGA